CUUAUUUCUCUUAUUCUUAUUGUACUAGCAUCACUCGGGGGGUUGCCGUUCAUCACGUACAAAAUUAUUAGCCUUUAUUCUUUUCAGAAUGUCACUUCUAUCCUGAACUUGCAUCUGGAGCGUCCAUUUCAGUCCAGUGGUGGGUCCUACCUACCUUCAACGGUCUGGAUCAACUGGGACUAGAUGCUCGUUUUCGCUCUUGAUUUCUCCGCUGGCACCGAAUACUUCCCCAAAUCAUAUGUAAUGGUUAAUGAGCGAUGCUACUUCUCUCUUUCUUGUCCUAAAUUAUAGAGAAAAGUUAUGAUCGUCGUAUCAGCAAGUCCGAGUUUUGGCUUAAUCCCCACGCGGCCAGCAAACAGGCACUCUCCUUUUUGGCGUAAAGUGGUCUCGUUGAACCGAGUUUCGAAUCAGAGGGCGUCUGAUUGGAGAGCGUGUGAGCUUUUUGAUUUGUGUAAAGAAGUAGUGCCAUACGGGAACGCGUGGGAUUGGCAAAAAGAGAUUGUUAGAGAGAAAAAGGCCUUAAUUGAAAGGAAUGAAGAGUGUCCAGAUACACUGAUUGUUUUACAGCAUCGUCCUGUAUAUACAUUAGGUGCAGGCAGUUCUGUUGGGUUCUUGAAUUUUGAUGUAAACGAUGCUCCUUUCGAGGUUUAUCGAAUUGAACGAGGAGGAGAAGUCACAUAUCAUGGGCCUGGUCAGGUAGUUAUGUACCCAAUUAUCAAUCUCCGAAAUCAUAAGAUGGAUCUCCAUUGGUACCUCAGGACACUUGAGGAAGUGGUCAUUCGUGUUCUUUCAUCAACAUUUUCUAUCCAGGCUUCUCGCAUUGAAGGUUUAACUGGAGUUUGGGCUGGAGAUCAGAAAUUGGCUGCAAUUGGGGUAAAAGUAUCCCGCUGGAUAACAUAUCACGGUUUGGCGCUAAACGUCACCACAGAUUUGGAACCUUUCAACUGGAUAGUCCCUUGUGGGAUCAGGAACCGAAAAGUUGGAAGCAUCAAGGGAUUGCUACAAAAAGUUCAGUCUUGUAAUGGACGUCAUACUAUAGAUAUGCCUCAACUUGAUGAUCUCAAGCUCAUUGAUAUUACUUGCAAGUCUCUGAUUAGAGAGUUUUCUGAAGUCUUUCAGCUUAAAAUCUGUCAUAAAACCACGUCUGAUGUGGAGUUUAUGGAGAAGAAACCAGAAAAAGCUUAUUUGGUGGAAAAUAAUUUUUUGAAAUAAGGAGUGAACAAACCAAGGAUAUAUCCAAACAAUUUUUUUUUGAAGUCCAAAGCAAUCGUUUCAUGGGCGUAUUUCUUGAGGGAAUCGAGUUGAUUAUAGAAACAUGGAGUUCAACUACUAGAAAACUUAUCAGUGAUUAAAGAAAGAUACUUAUCUAAUUUAUUAAUGAAUAUUACUCUAAUUUUUUUGUUUUAUUUAUUAUUUAAUCUUGUAUUCUCACCCUGUAUAGUUCAAGAAUGGCAUAGCUUCAUUGAAUGUACAAAAAGGCAUUCCCUACGUAUGCCAGGAGUCCAGUCCGAAAUAAGAGCAAUAAAAUUAGCAUCUGAUUUUUUUUGUUUUCUAAA